GUGAUUGUUGUUGUUGUUGAUUGUUUUGGCCGAGUUAAAUUCUCGGGGAUGCUAUAUGUAUAGGGGAGAUGCUGCCCAAAUUUCUGUAGGCAAUUAUGAAUAAAGAUUGAAUACUUAAAGAUUGGAAAUUGAGAAUUGGUAAAUGUGACCAAUUGCAGAUUUUGGGCGAAACGGGAAUUGAAUUUGGAAAGGCGUAAAGAGCAUAUAAGGUACCGACGACAGGUUUGCUGAUCCGUCCGCUUAGGAUCUUAUUCUGCUAUUUUGGAGCGCUCCUUUAUCCGGAGCCUAUAUUUUGGUACAAUCUUCUGCUAUUGUAUAUAUGUACGCUAUUCAGGGGUACGACGGGGCCCUGUCCCAUCUUAUGAUUCUGUUAUGUUCUGUAGAGGUCUGUAGACAGACUUGUGUGGGUUCUGUAUAUGUUUUGGGUUGUUAUGAUCGGUGAUGGCCUUAUCGGCCUCUACGUGCAAAAUCUGUUCAUCUGUGAUAUUUAGUAGCGCCAACUAACCUUUAUAUUAAUAUAUUUUGAUAAUAUGUUGGUUUGGGUUAUUGGGUACGUUUGGGUGUCCAGCACGGACACUAGUCGCGGCCUACGGGGUUGGGUCGUGACAAAAGUGGUAUCAGAGCGGUUCGUCCUCGGAACGUCUACAGACCGUGUCUAGUAGAGUCUUGUUUAUCGGUGUGUUGUGCACCACACCUAUAAACAGGAAGCUACAGGACAUUUAGGGUGUUUCUUUUUUUGAAAUCUUAGAUCGUGCAAUAGAGCUGUGCUAUUAGGAUGAUUCUGUCCUGAUCCGUUGUUGUUUUUCUUUCAGUGAUGCCUCCGAAAAAGGCGACGGCUGCCCAGAAGAAAAAGGGCGUGGUAGGAGAGACCAGCCGGGCUCAGAAGGGUACUCGGACCCUUGCUCAGAUGAUGCGUGAUAUUGCGUCCCGGCCAGCAGACUCUGCUACGUCUUCAUCAUCAGAGGAGUCUGGGGCAGCUCCACCAGUAGCUCCAGAGGUUCCAGUACCUGAGCCUCCAGCUCCACAGCCAGGGGCUGAGGAUCGGGCUAUGAGAGAUGCGGUCCAGUUGUUGACCAGACUGGUAGCAGGGCAGGUUCAUAGGCACGGACUUGGGGAUGGUCGUGCAGACAGACGUGACAGUUCGAGAGCUCGUGAGUUCCUGACCUGUAAUCCUCCAGAGUUCUUCGGGACAAAGCCCGAGGAGGAUCCUGAGGAGUUUAUCAGGAAGAUGCGGCGCACGUUACAUUUGAUUAAGGCAUCUGCGACAGAGUCAGUGGAGUUGGCUUCGUACCGGUUGUAUGAUGUAGCAGCAAAUUGGUACGAGUCUUGGGAGUUAGCCAGAGGUGUUGGUGCUCCCCCAGCACCUCAGCAGCAGCAGCAGUCUAGCAGGCAUUCUUCCCAGUCAGCACAGAGCACACCUCCGCAGUUCUCAGGCAGGAGAUUUGAUAGCCCAGGGUAUUUAGGAGCAGGCCAGAGCUCCGGGGUUUCAGGUUCGCGGGUAGACAGGAGUUCCGGUCAGACGAGGCCACCCAGGCCUCAGUGUUCUUAUUGUGGGAGAUACCACCCUGGAGAGUGCUACCGUGCUACAGGUGCUUGUUAUUCUUGUGGCCGUCAGGGCCAUACUGUGAGAGAGUGUCCGUAUAAGGGUAAUUUGGGAGGUGCAGCGCAGCCUACCGGAUCAGUCGCUGGGUCAUCGUCUCCUUCGAUAGCCAUGCGCCCUGCGGGGCAGGGUACGUCGACAUCAGCAGGCCGCGGCAGAGGUAGUGGCGGGGCUCCCAGUUCAAGCGGUCCUUCGAACCGCAUCUAUGCCUUGACUAGUCGACAGGACCCGGAGGCGCUACCAAACGCGGAUACAGAUUUUGGGCGAAACGGGAAUUGAAUUUGGAAAGGCGUAAAGAGCAUAUAAGGUAUGUAAAGCUAUCCCGAUUCUUCUCUUGGCAUGUCCUAGAUGUACUAGGCUUGGAUUUACGCCUCGGGGAAUAUUCUGUCCAUCGGAAUCCGCGUUUGAAAUCGUCGCUUUUUCAUUCAAUAGAAUUGAAUUCCUUAAGUAUGCUUUGAUGAAAAAUUAUGAAAUUUUUUCCCAAAUUGCUUACGAAGUUAUGGAAUGUCCUAGAACCUUUGUAGGUGACCCCAUAAGCUUAAAAAUACGUAAUUUGAGCCCACCGCUUCAUUGGUCCCGAGGUGGGCCCACUAUUUCCAAUUUUACCCUUUAUGUGUCUAUGACUUGUCUUCGAGCGUUUUCGUUAGAGAUACUCUAACUACUCCUUUAUCUACUAAAUAAAAACUAUUUUAAAUAUUUCAUUAAGUCUUAUAAAUUGUUUUGAAUCUUGAAAACGAUCUCGGAUAGAUUAUGCCUCCGUAACCCGUUAUGACAUCUAAAUUUACUUACUAUGUUUCCGUCCGAUUUCAUUGAUUUGAUUUGACAUUCGAUAUGCCUCAUUGAGUCUCUGGAAAUAUAUAUAUGGUAUUUUUAGUGCAUUUAGUUUCUCACUACUCCGUUCGUGGAUGCCUCAAUGUUUCCCCCACUGAGCCCGGGCCAGGAUAUGUUGUCAAGCGUGAUCCUUUGCAUUGUUCGCCGUGCCUCGAUGUGAGGGGGCAGGUAUACGCGUACAUGGGUUUGUGGAGUAUGCUGUGCCAUGUACGCUUGUUCUGAUAUGAUUUGCUAUGGCCAUCUGAUAUGACAUAUUAUGUUACAGGGUUAUGCCCCUGUUCUGAUUCUUCUGUGUUGUGGCACCAGCGUCGGGAGGGUGGCCACGUUCUGUCUGCCGAGUCCCUUGGCAGGGGCCGGAUUUCAUGUGACAUAUGUUUCUGUACACACUCUGCAUGUUUUGAAAAUAUGUAUCUGAUACUUUGGGUUUUCUAUUUACUUUUUGUACGUUCUGUACCAGUUAUGAUUUUGUUUCUGUAAUUCAGGCUUUGCAUAUUCAGUACAUAUUUCGUACUGACCCC